CUGUCUCGUUUGUUGAGGAACAUCAUUGUCUCAAUAUGUUCAAGAUGCUUAUCGUGUUGUCACUUCUGUUCGUCGUAACUUUUUCAUUGGAAUCAAAAGACAGAGAAGGUUUGAGAACAUAUAGAGAAUCAGAGGAGAAGACUAGAGUUGAUGAUAUUUUACACGAAUUACAAGGAAUAUGUCUGCAUGAAAAUGAAGACAGAGACGUUACACAACUUAAGAAAGAUACACAAUCUAUACUCAAAAAUAUAGCGGUGUAUAAAGAUGUAGUAAAGAUGAACAAACAGUUGAAGAAUGAUAUAAAAUGGAUUCUAGAAGAAUCUCGUGGCGAAAAGGAAAUUUCGAGGAUAGUCAGGCUGUUAAAACAUGAAGUCAAAGGGAUAUGUAUAGGGUCUGCAAGGGACUGCGCUGAGAUUAAGAAAUAUAAAGCAACCUCUGGUGUCUACAAAAUAUUCCCUACGAAAACAGAAGGAGUAAAAGCUUAUUGUGACAUGGAUACAGACGGUGGAGGAUGGACAAUUAUCCAGAAAAGGUAUGACGAUUCUGUUAACUUCCAGAGAACUUGGACAGAAUGCGAAAACGGGUUCGGUUACGUCAAUGGAGAAUAUUGGCUUGGCAACAAACAUAUUCACCGUUUGACGUCCAGUGGUACAUACGAGCUUAGAAUAGAUCUCACUGAUAAAAACAACACAAAGAAGUAUGCUAAAUAUAAAACAUUUGUUGUUGGAGAUGCAACGUCUCAGUACAAGCUGACGAUUGGUGGUUAUAGCGGCGAUGCAGGAGAUGCGCUGAGCUACAGCAACGGAAUGAAAUUCUCUACUGUUGACAGGGAUAAUGAUUUACACAGUUCCAACUGCGCCAAAAAUAAUGGACCAUGGUGGCUAAAAGGCUGUUCUUACAGUGCUCUAAACCAACCAUCUAGAGAUCAUUGGUAUUGGUAUUAUAUAAGUGGUCGUUACGUGAAGACGUCGGUAAUGAUGAUACGGAAGAUCUAGUUAUAAUAAAAGAUGUGUACAUA